AGUAUCCUUCCCCUGCCAUGCCCACCAAGCCACGCCCACAGUACCAGUAGUAAAAAAAAUGAAUUUCACCACUGAACACAUCACAAUGUUUUGGGGGAUAAACCAGUAUUCACCAACAUCUAUUUUUGAAAUCAUAUCUGUUCUCACAAAUUAUUUGCGGAGACUCUGCCAGCCAUGCAGGACUGGGAUGUUUUUUUACACAGUUUCUGGAAGUCAUGUAAGAAAACUAUGCUUUUACACAGUUUUUGCAGCCACCAAAAGACACAACAAUGGGGUGUGUUUUCACACAAUUUUCAGAAACUGCAAAAGAACAUUAUCUGAAGCUGCUUCAAGAAUAGAGGCCUUGUGGGACCUGAAACCAGCCUCGGGUAGUCUGCAGGGGCCUAUCAACAGAAAGAGAGCACAUCUGAAGAUAAGUGGCAUGUGGUAGACCCGUUGGAGAACAGCACAAGGUGGCCUUCUUGAGUGGUAGUGGUGGAGCUAGGGCUGAAGCUGAUGCCUAUAGAAAAUUAUUUCUCUUGUUGCUGGGUGGUUAUGUGUGAGAGAGAGAGACAUGCCAGAAAAGUCAAGUUAGGCAUUUUCUGAAUUUUUGACACGCCAAGCCCAAAAAAAUUAUCUAUCACUGGACAGAUUGAUAAAAUUCUCUCUGUUAGCAAACAGGCUCUGUUGUUUUUCUAAUAAAUUUUCUCUUGUUCAAGUGUGUGUGUGUGUGUGUGUGUGUGUGUGUGUGUGUGUGUGUAAUCAAAAUCUUCCACUACUGUACAGCACUAGAAGGAGCCCAUAGAUAUAAGAUGAACCCCUGGGUUGCAGUUUAACUUCAGAAUACAGUGAAGAUCUGAAAUUAAUCUGGAUUGGAAUAACAGCAACGGCAUCAAGGUUUGCUUGUCAAGAAGUGUGACUUUCUACACAAACUGACCACGCGGGGAUUUCUUGGUACAGGAUCGUACUGCCCAGAAAUUGACAAUUCUGUAUGAAAGAAUUCAGAUAGAGUAGCUUUUCUCAAUGGGGAUUCCAUGAGAGAUGUAUGAAAGUUCCGUAUCUACAAUGGCAAUGUACUGUCUGAAAACAAUCUCUUUUAAAUACAAGUAACAGGCCUCAUACAUACAAUAACUAUAACUAUUAUUCUCAAAGUCUAUUCACCAUAAUCUUCACUUAUCCUUAUUAAACAUUUUCCAUUUUUUAAUAAAACAUUCUGUUCAGUUUUAUCUAUACUUAGUUAAUGAUAUCAAGCAUUACAAAUCUCAUAUGAACACAUUUGUAAACAUUAUCCUCUAAUUCUGUUAAUCAUGUUUACCUAUCCUGGUUAUUCAAUAUUCAUUAGGUAAUAACACAUUUAUUUCAUCUUUAUUUACAUACCCUCCUCCAUUCUAAGUUUCAAACUUCCGCUUCUAUUUUCUAACCAUUUGAAGAAUAGUUCCCAAGCUAAAACACGUUCUGUUUCUCCCUUAUCCUUAAUUUUCAGUGUUAAGCUAUCCACUUCAAGACAUUCUAAUAUUUUCUUUAUUGCGUUUUCUUCUGUAGGUGUAUUAUCAUUUGUACUUCACCUGAUGUUGAUUCUAUGCCUGUUUAUUAAGCUUUAGUUGUGGAUUUGGCUAUUGCAUGCAAUCAUAAAAUUGGUUUGUUUCUUUUGGGUCAUCAGGGUUCCAAUAUUCUAACGAGUAGCACAAAGUUUUCUGAAACCAUUUGCUGCCACCUAGCGGUGGCUCAAAAUAUUGCUAAAGAUACUGGUCAAGUAUAGCCCAGAUGCUUUUUAAAUUCACCAGAACCUAGGUCCAGUUAAGUUUGUGAACCAAAUGAAGGUAGCGAUGGCAAAAUUGGUUCAGACUUUAUGUGAACCCCAAGCUAUUUGGUCAAUAAUAUUUCAAAGUCCAGGCGCCUUUGUUACUUGUGAGCAUGAAUCACUUUUACUCUUUUCAAGCGGCGGGGAUGUUUGUGUGGAAAAAAAAAAUCUCUGCAGGGUUCUCAAACGCUCGAAGCGAAUAGAAUUGGCCCAUCCCACUUUCCAUAUUUCAGAGGAGGAGGAGGACAAGAAUGGCCACCGUAACUUAAAGACACCGAUUCCAAGCGGCAAAGUCUCCGGGAUGAAGCGGUUGCUAGGCGGCAGGGGCGCGCGCCUCUGCCUCGCGCUCCUCCUUCUCUUCCGCCAUUGGCUCUUGGGCUCCAGCGCGUGCCCGUGCGAGCAACCUGCGCUUUGCCAACCCAUCUCGAGUCAGUGCGACUUCGAGGUCUUUGUAUUUGAUAUUGGUGGGAAGACCUGGAAAUUUUAUGACUGGGCACAAAUUACAACAGUGGCAACUUUUGGAAACUAUGACCCUGAGCUUAUAUGUUAUGCUCAUUCAAAAGGAUCCAGAGUUGUUUUAAAAGGAAAUAUAUCUGUGAAGGAAAUUUUAAAACCUACUGUUCGAACAGCCUGGAUAAAACAAAAAAUCAGCUUGGCUAAGGACCAAUACAUGGAUGGAAUCAAUAUAGACAUUGAACAAAAAGUUAAAAAAUCCUCAGCUGAAUAUUAUGCAUUAACUGCUUUAGUUAAGGAAACAACAGAAAUGUUUCACAAAGAAAUUCCUGGUUCUCAGGUAACUUUUGAUGUACCUUGGUCUCCUAAAUGUAUAGACAGUAGAUGUUACAACUAUACUGGGAUUGCUGACUCCUGUGAUUUCCUGUUUGUGAUGUCCUACGAUGAACAGAGCCCAUUGUGGUCCAAUUGCAUAGCAGGGGCCAAUGCCCCUUACAAACAAACUUUAGGGGGAUAUGAUUAUUAUAUUCGCAAGGGCAUCAAUCCAAAGAAACUGGUGAUGGGCGUUCCAUGGUACGGCUAUGAUUAUAUCUGCUCAAAGUUACGUAAGGAUCACAUUUGCCUCUUUGCAAAGAAUGUUUUCCCAGGUACUCCGUGCAAUAAUGUCUCAAUAAGACAAGCCCCAUACAGAAUCAUCAUGACAUUGGAGAAGACUUCUACUUCUGGGAUCCUGUGGGAUGAGAAACAAAAAGCUCCCUUUUUAGAAUACAAGGACUCAAAGGGUGCUUUUCACCAACUGUGGUUUGACAAUGCCAAGAGUGUUUCUCUGAAAGCAGCCUAUGCAAAAGAACAUGGUCUGAAGGGCAUUGGGAUGUGGAAUGCAAAUUGCCUAGAUUAUUCAGCAAGUGUUGCAGCUCAACAGCAAACGGAAGCAAUGUGGAAAGCCUUGAAAGGCGCAUAAUUUAUGCAAGGGCCAGACUUGAAUUCAGACAGCAGUGAACAAUUAAUUAAGUUUUUAAAUGGGUACAGUAUAGGGCACAGUAAAAAGCUGUGAAGGCUACUUGCUGUACAUUUACCUUAUUCCAUUAUGAGAUACGUGCUGCUUUCCUCAGGGUUGAGGCAAUUUAUUUCUCAAUAAGAAAAAGAAUUUACAUCAACCAUUCUAAGCAUGCCUUCUAAUUCCAGGAAAGGAAAGGGAAAAUACAUGUCAUAAAUACAGAAAAUAAAGGUUUUUUUAUAAUUACAUAAAAGCUUUUUGUUUAAAGCUUAUGACUUUUAAAAUGAAUAAUUGGAGAAGAAGAGAAGGGAAUGAUCGAUCGAUCGAUGAAUGAUCGAUCGAUCGAUGAACUUUUCAAUUUACAGUUUGGUUCAGAAUAUGUUGCUCUGUAUACCUAGUGAAGUAGAAUGAAUUUUUUUUGAAGCAGCUUUUAAUUUUUCAGAUUAUGUAUAAUUGUUUUCAUUUAAUUCCCAGUAAUUGUGGCAAUUGAAAAUGGCAAUUAUUACUUUUAAAAUCAAGAUAUAUUGAGAUGUUGGUAGUUUCUCAAUAAUGAUAUUGAACUUACCUGAAGCACUAUGACUAUAUUAGAAGAAUUCCAGUGAAAAUAGAAUCAUAGUAGUGUGAAAUUUAUAUAUAGACGGCUGUAAAAUUACUCAAAAUAGAAAUACCAAUAUUAGUUUGUACAUUUUAUACUUAUGGCUUUCGUUUUAAGGUUGAAUUGAUUGUUUUCCUUACAGACAAUAUACACUGCACUUACAUUGUUUUGCCUUUAAGGAGGCAAAUAAUUUAUGUGGGUUUACAUAAGAAUCAAAACUCAA